AUGGGCAAUUCCGAACCCAGCAGGCCUAAAGCCGCAUGGGGACAAGGCGUGUCGCAAGGCGCCCGGCGGCGAAGACGCAAACGAGAAGAAGCCAAGAGACAGGCUGCUCAGAAAGCUAAACAGAAGCAGUAUCAGGGCAAGAAGGAAAUUGCCAACGUCAAGAAGAAGAAAAGGGCGACGACGAAGAAAAAGAAGCAGAAGCAACCUCAGCCUCAACCUCAACCUCACCCCCCUAAGGUGGACAGAGCUGCAGCUGUUACACAGGAACACAUAGACAGUUUUUUCGGCUCCAGGGCUGCGUCCGAUGCAGCUCCAAUAUUUGGUGUUACCGAUGGUAGGUCCCAGAAUAGAGAGCCACUGGGAGAGCUCCCAGUUCCUCAAACCUCCAUCGAUUGGUCAACCCCUCAAGUCUCUUCCGACAUAUUCCACCAGCAGUUUUUCAGACAAACCAACAAGAACAUCCUUCGUGAUACUUCAUCCCACACGAGAAGUCUACUGGAUCCUGUCACUGAAUCCGCUACCGCUCAUGCAUCCGGGGCUCAUCCUUCUUCAACAUCGCCUGCCGCCGGUCAACAAGCUCUACAGCUCUAUCAGUUAGAAAGGCCUGCCCUUACGCUGGGUGAUGCAUAUAAAACGGAGACUAUGAUGCCAUUUGGUCAAAUUUCGAAGUCGGCGUCCCUACUUCCAGACGAACCACGAUCAGAGAAACCGUCAUUUGCAUUACCUACCACUGGAUCGUUUGGUGCCGCCCCUGAACCGAUAGACUUGAGUUCUGAAAGUCCUCAACGCCCAUUCCUUCAGCCUCGAAAACCCUACCAUGAAGUUACGAGACCGCAAGUUUUCGGCGAACCCGCAUUACCUGCCCCUGGCUUUGACCGUGUUUGUUGGGUGCGACAAGAUCCAGAAACACUUGCAAACUGGCACCCACAAAGGUGCAAAUCCCUCGCUCAACUGUACACCGAAUAUCCCGACAAGCAGCUUCGCGGUAUCGAGACUGAAACUUUAGCCCUUGUGGGAAAAGUCUUCCAACAGAUCGCCGAAGAGGCAGCACAUGAGUGGCUCGAUAAAUCAUGCCCUGGGACGAAAUGGAGUGAUAACAUUCGUGUUGAAGCGUUAUACAACUUCGAUGCUCCUCAACUGGACUGGACCAUUGUGGACAGGGCCGUCUCUCUUCAAAGCAUGAAGAGCAUGGCGAAGUCACUCCUUUUUAGUUCGCGGGCUAAUGUCCGUAGCGAGAGGGAAAUGACACCGCUUCUACUCAUACGUCUGAUGGAAAAAUGCCGUGGCGUCUGUCAAAUUGUAAGAGAUGACAAGCGUAGGGUGUUGAUGGAGAAGACCAAGGAGAAGCUUGAGUGGUUGCCAGUUGGACUCGACUGCAUGAAACUGGAUAUACAACGUCGAGCCAUCGCGGACCUUGAAGAACUCCAUAAACGCUCACAGCACAGCCCCGGCAAUACUCCGAGACAUGUUCAGGAGUUCUAUCAAACAAAAGCCGAAAUUGAUAUACUGGACCGCUCCUUGAUAGAGUUCCAAGAGCAUCGUUUGGAGUUCGUCAUUGAGACGUUCAAGACUCUGAAGCAGCUGUUAGCAACCACUGCAUGA